CCUUUCCAAUCCACAGAACACCAACCAAAAAAAUUUAAAUAAGAAAAAGAAAAUAAGAAUUCUGGUCAAUUCCAAUCACUUGGGUUCCAUGAUUCAGCUUUUUUCCUCCAAAUUUCUAUUUCAUUCGUCCUCCUCAGCUUCUUCCUCUUACCCUUUUCUUUACCCUCUUCCCUACCAUUUUUUUUUCCAUCAAAAACAAACUUCUUAUUCUCUUUCUCUUUCAUCUUUGAUUUUGAUUUUUCCAUAUAUAAAAAUUAAAUUAUAAAAAAAAACCGAGAGAGAAAAGGUAAAGGCCUACACCAACUAAAUAUUGUUGUAGGAAAAAAGAAAAUGGAUAAAUUUCAGCUGAUCAGAAGAAUCACUCCAUCUAAAAUUCAGCUCUUCUUAGCUUGAUUCUCUCCUCCUUCUAAUUUCCAACUCAUUUUUUUUUCCUUCAAAUUUCUCUCCAUUUUCUAUUUUCCACCUGCAAAGAUAAUUCCUUGAUUCUGUUUGUUAGGACCCAGAAUUUCCUCCGUUUCUCGAUUUUGAUUUUUGUUCUUAUCCUAUAAUAAUCCUUUGGCCAUAUGGGUGUCCUCCAAAUCCAAGCUUCUUGUAUUGGGAUUUUUAAUUAUAUGUGAGCAACUGGGAUUUUUGGUGGAUUUUUAGUUUCUGGGUUUAUUAGAGUUUGAAAGGGAAUAAAGUUGGGGAAGGGAUGAUAUCGCCGGUGAGGGUGGAGCCCACAGGCGGCGCAUUGACUGAGACGACGUCGGUGGCUGAGGUUUCUCGUCGUUUUGAGGAUCUAAGAGGCGUGCAGUGGCGUAUCGAUUUGGGGAUUUUGCCAUCUUCUCCUUCUUCUUCAAUUGAUGAUCUCCGUCGGGUCACUGCUAAUUCUCGUAGAAGGUAAUAUAAGAUAGGAGAUGUUGGGUGUUUAAGAUUGCCAUUUUGUAGCUUUGAAGAUCGUUCCAAUUUUUGGGUAUAUUUUCCAUCAACUUGAAUUGGGGCCUCUUUGUUUUCUUUGGAAAAAAGUUUCUAUUUUUUUUUGUGUUUAGUUUUAGGUGAAAUUCAUCUGAAAUUUGCUGUACUGCUAAUUUUGGUAUGUUUUCCAAAACUUCUUGGCCGUGUUUCUCAAAUUUCCCAAAAUACUUGGUGGCUUUAAAAUGUUCUAUUGUGAAACACAGUUAUUGGCCUAGUAGGACUUUAGAGCUUGGAUUUGGUUUCAGAGAGAAAAUCAAAGCAUUGAUUUCGUAAAAAUCGAAUUCGAGCUGCUUCGAUCAUGUUCCUGAUUUAUGUACACUUCUGCAACUCCUAUAUUGACCACUUCAUAUAGGGGACACUCUUAACCUAAUCACAGUUUUUUAAUAAGCAAUCGUUGAGCUUUGUUUUUUGAUAAUCAUUUCAUCUGAGUUGAAAUUUGGGGCGUUUAGGUAUGCUGCAAUGCGGCGGCAACUUCUUGUUGAUCCCCAUAUUUCUAAAGAUGGAAGCAGCUCUCCCGAUCUUGUCAUGGAUAAUCCAUUGUCGCAAAAUCCAGGUUAGAAUUAGCAUUUCUUUUUUCUUUCUCAUUCCACUCUGCAGCUUAAUGGCAGCUACCAGUUUGUGUUCACAGUUUGCGUUUUUUUUUUUUAUUGAAAUUAGUUCAUUUUAUAAGCUUAUGGAUUCAAAUUUAGUGUUUGUUUAUUGUUGAUCUUAUAUGUGGUUUUUGACACAACAUUAACUGGCUGUAAGGGUUUCUGCUGCAUUUGUGAUUUAUACAGAUAGUAUGUGGGGUCGUUUCUUCAAAAAUGCUGAAUUAGAGAGAAUGGUGGACCAAGAUUUGACGCGUUUAUAUCCUGAACAUGGCAGUUACUUCCAGACAUCUGCAUGUCAGAAUAUGCUUCGACGAAUUUUGUUGCUCUGGUGUCUUCGAUAUCCAGCAUAUGGAUAUAGACAGGGUAAGUAAGAGAAUACCAUGUUCAAUUUCUUUAGCCAUUGGCUGUGCAGUUUAUGAAAAUGAAAACAAUAUUUCGAGAUGGGAAUCUGAUAUCUGAUGAAUCCAAGGAUUUUGGUAUAGAUAUUUAUUUACCAUCUAAGACAUCAGGAGUAUGUAUUCCAUGCUAUAAUUAGAAACAGUAAUUUCCAGACCCUAAUUUGGGCCAUAUAUAGAUAAGAAUGAUUGUCUGCAUGGGCAGUGCCUGAUAAUUGUAACUCUAAAUCCUGUUAUUUGGUCCCAGAACCAUAAGCUUCCUUCUAAUGCAUUCUUUUUCUGAUGUUUCUUUUGUUCUAUUACUUGGAUACAGUAUCUCUUUGAAUGAUGAAUCCAUGCAAACGUACAUCUAUUAAAUAAAUCUGGAGAAUCUGGCUCAUUUGGCUCCUGUUACUUCUCACUAUUUAUGAAAAAAAUGUACACUCAUAUUUUGCCUUAUAACCAAAGGAAACCUCCUCCUGCCAUAUCACCCAAAAGACUAGAAUAUUGUUAAUAGAGAGGGGGGGAAAAUAUGGCCUGGAAACUAUGAAUAGGCCAAUAAAUGAAAUGCUUACAAUUCUUGUUGAGGUAUAUGCUAAAUUGAUUUUGCAUCGGGAAAUUGUACUGUCGUUCUCUCUUGUUAUAAAGGGAAAUAAUCUGGCUUUUAUUUUAGUAAAAUGUACCCACAGUGGCUCUUAUAAAGUAGUUUUUCCCCCCGCUUUACUAUGUUUAGAAUGUUCCUAUAAGUGGCUAAUAUAAACUCAUAACUUUGGACAAACUCUUUUUGUGUUUUUUUUUUUUUUUUGUUUUGUUUUUGGGUCUAUCGUUUAGAUAGUCUCUUUUGAAUGAUGAAAUCAUGUGAACUUACAUGUUAGAUAGAGUCUUCAGUUCACUCCUUUAACUUCCCAUUAGGACUAAAAUCUAUAUAAGUAGGAGGUUUCAUGCUAGGAUAGAGGGGGAGGGAUUGAAUCCCCCAACCAAGAUUUCCCCCUGCCAUUUUCUAUCUCUUUCACCUCUGGGUUAAAGAUAGAUAUACGUGCUCACCCCAGUUUGUUGGAGGCGCCCUAGUUGUAAUGCAAAACAUUAUUAGGUUCUUAAUUAAAAAAUAAAAAUAAAAUAAAAACCAGCUACAGUAUUGGUUGCCAUAUUCUGCGAACCGUUAAUCUCCUAACUAUGUUGCAGUUUAAUUUUUAUGAUCCCUUCUCCUAAUUGUUUGCCUGAAUAAAGAAUAGGCUCUAAAUUGGUUGUUUCUUGUAUUUUCCUUACAUAAUUGAUGCUUUGUAUUGCUCCGCAUUAUUAAAUCAAAGGCUUUGACCAUAGUUGCUUUUCUGUUGUAUAUUUGGAAAUGAAUGUUUUUGUUGUUUCUCUUACAGGGAUGCAUGAACUCUUAGCCCCACUUUUAUAUGUUCUCCAUGUGGAUGUGGAACACCUAUCUGAAGUUAGGAAAACAUAUGAAGAUCAUUUCACUGACCAAUUUGAUGGUUUCUCUUUUCAUCAGAACGACCUAUCAUAUAAGUUUGAUUUUAAGAAAUUUUCAGACUCUAUAGCUGAUGAGAUUGGAUCAGCAAAAGGUUCAGAAGUUGCUAGAAAUCCUAGUGAGCUAGAUCCUAAGAUACAGACUAUGAUUUUGCUUAGUGAUGCAUAUGGCGCGGAAGGUGAACUUGGUGUUGUUUUAUCUGAUAAAUUCAUGGAGCAUGAUGCAUAUUGUAUGUUUGAUGCUCUGAUGAGCGGGUCAGGUGGAGUUGUUGCCAUGUCAGAGUUUUUUUCUCCAUCUCCUUUUGGUUCUUCACAUAGUGGGUUUCCUCCAGUGAUUGAAGCUUCUGCUGCAUUAUACCAUUUGCUUUCCAUUGUUGAUUCAUCUCUUUACAGUCAUCUAGUUGAGCUCGGGGUGGAACCGCAAUACUUUGCUUUGAGAUGGCUGCGGGUCUUGUUUGGGCGUGAAUUUGCUCUUGAAGAUCUUCUGAUAAUAUGGGAUGAAAUAUUUGCGUGUGGAAACUGCAGGCUUAACAAUUCAGCUGAAAGUGAUUUAGAUUCGAGCUCUGGAGUCCUUGAUUCAGCGAGGGGUGCAUUUAUCUCCGCUUUUGCUGUUUCAAUGAUUCUUCAUUUGAGGUCUUCUUUGCUUGCUACUGAAAAUGCUACUUCCUGCCUUCAAAGAUUACUCAAUUUUCCAGAUGAUGUGAAGCUGCCUAAAUUGAUAAAGAAAGCGAAAUCCUUGCAGACGCUGGCGGUGGAUGCGAAUAGUUCAGCCCCAUUGCCAGUGUACACGGGAACAAUUGGACGGAGCAAGUCAACAGUUGUAAGAGGCCAUAGUCUUUCAUUAGAUUCAACUUCUCCUAAAACUCCUUUGACCUUAAUGCCGGACAGCUACUGGGAAGAGAAGUGGCGGGUUUUGCACAAAGAAGAGGAACGUAAGCAAGAUGCUUUAGGAAAGGAAGUUCCCGCUAAGAAGGGCUGGUCUGAGAAAGUGAAAUUGCGUCUUUCUAGAACGCAGUCUGGUCCCUGUCCGUCUGAGGUUGGCAGCAGGAAAAAGAAUUCUAAAAUCGUGAGGAGAAGUUUGUUGAAAGAUUUGGCCCGCCAGCUUGGGGCUGAUGAAGAUGCAGAUGAGAUACUAAGUCAUGAUCCCACUGAUGAAAAAGAGCCAGAAGUGGAUGAUAGCCGUGAUUUUAGUGAUGAAAAUUUUGAUUGUACAGCUGAGCCAAUAUGUUUGAGCGGGAAUGCUGCAAGUGAAGAGAACUCUUCCAUUUUCUCUGAUCCACCAAGCCCUGCCAGUGGACUCAAUGAUCAUGUCGAUGAAUCAGGAAGGAGUAGUGUUGCUUCAAAUUCAUCACUUGAUGAAAAUGAUACAGGCCCAAAUCCAGCAGAAGUCUGCGUAAGUAAUAUAGAAGGCUCAACUAUUGCAGUAUCUGAUACACCUGGGAAUGUCUCUUCAAAUUCCAGUCACACUGAUGACAUCGUGGAGAAACCAACAACAAACUUGAAAGAGCGGAAACCAAUAUCCAGUAAAUUUCAAUGGUUCUGGAAGUUUGGACGCGGUGCUGGUGAAGGGAUGUCUGAUAAAGGGCAAAUCACUGAGGUAAAUAAAGAAUGCGAUGGGACAACUGCCCAAGACAACAUUCCUGGCACUUCCACAGCUAAUGGAGGGGUCAUAACAUCUCCUGAACAAAGCAAGGGAGAGAGUGUGGACCAGAAUGUUAUGGCCACUUUAAGGAAUCUUGGUCAAUCUAUGCUCGAGAACAUCCAGGUGAUAGAAUCCGUCUUCCAGCAAGAUCGAGCUCAAUCGGGCCAAUCUAAGAACAUUUUGGUUGGCAAAGGACAGGUUACAGCCAUGGCAGCCUUGAAAGAGCUUCGGAAGAUCAGCAAUCUCCUGUCGGAGAUGUGAGUUGGAUAUAAGCAAUUAGUUGUACAUGCAUUUUUUUCGGGUAGUUACUAGUUACUACCCUCUUUGAGUGGCAAAAUAAAGAGCAGCAUUCAUCGGCUUCUUAUUCCACAUAUGAUAUUCUGAGCCAUUUUGUAUAUUAGGAGACUAAAAUAUGUACAUAUUGUAGAAGACCUUUGGGAUCGAACUGAAGGAAGUUCUAAUGAUAGCUUGAGCCUGGAAGAAUAAAAGAGGGGGUAAUUCUUUAUCAUGAUUUGUUGUUUUGUGAAGAAGGUCGUUCUUGCAAAGCCGAAUUAUUCCAGGAUUUGCACCAAAACGAUCUAGUUUCGCCUCUCAAUGUCCUCGUAAGAUUGUUGACUGCUGGUUACAACACCAGAAUUAGACCGGCAAGCGAAAAGUGAGUUCUGCCCUAUAAAAUUUCCUAGUAACACUACUGGCACUAGCAACUGGAGCCUUGAUCUAAAUGUUUAUUGUGAUCUUGAGAGACGAUGAAAGCUAGAAUUUCUUGUAGAUAGCCAAAUCAUCAUUAGAUAAGUUCGUGGCCUUGUAUCCUAGCAUUAGAAGGUGCCUAUAUGUAUGGCGGCUAACGUUAUAUUCAUUUGAGAUUGUUUCCAGAAUCCUUGUAAUAAAUCUCCUGUACUUUUCAUUAUUUAAUACUAUGAGGCUUCUCAAUUUGCAGAAUCCUUGAUAUCAAAUGGUGCAAAUCUUAACUUGUUAACCAUGUAUACAUUGUCAGAUUGGUUUCGAAAUUGGAUUACUUCAGGUUUUAGAUGAGAGAGUUCCUU